CUCCCAUCAAAGCCAUAACCUCUCCUAAUCCCCCCACCCCUUGUUGCCUGGAGACGGCUCAGACGAGCAGGUGAUGCAUUGACAGGGAGCAGAUGGUUCCCUGUGGAGGGACCCAUUUAUGUGUCUUUUGUCAGCAAGGCCAUCCUGUGGGAUAAAGGACUCUGCCAACACACUGCACAUGCCAGUUCAAAUCACCGUCCAUCAUUGUGUCCACGGUUCUUGUCUCACAUGAAAGCCCGUCCUGAAGACCUCAGGCCUCCUCUUUUCCUGAGCUCCAAGUCCAAACCACAGCCUCCAUCUCAGGGGAAGAUGCAGAAUACAAACAACCUCACUGCCUUAAAGACCCAAACGCUCGAGGGAGUCUUCCAUCUCAACCAUGACAGAAAAAGAAGUGUUUUGCAGAAUGAAGGCUUGAUGGUAGGAAGGCGUUCUGCUGUUGUUGUUCCCUGUCUCCCAAUCCACACUACACUGCCAUCAUCCACCAUCAAUCCAACACCUCCCCUUCGAAACACCCCUGAGUCCAUCUCUGGAAGACAACUAAGCAAGCCAAACAUCAUCCCACCAUCUCCCCCCUGCUUGCCUCCUCCAGAGGAAAAAAAUGAGCUUCAGGAGAGGGAAAGUGUGCCACAACCUGCCCUGGUGUCCAUCACAGAGGCUGCCGAGCCAGACUGGAAGCUGCAUCUCGGGCCUGCUGGGUCAGAGCGUACAGAGUCACCGACGUCUGCACAUGUCUCACACGGGUCUCUCUCAGACUUCAGUCGUCCACCUUCCAGCCUGUUCAGCCGGAGCACGGACCUCGCCAGUGGCAGGACCAGUGUCCUGUCUGCAGAUAUCAGGGAUUUAGACCUAGAGGGCAGCGUUUGUUCCUCGCCGCUCCAUCCUUCCCCAGUGAUGCAGUCACCUUUGGCUUCUUACCCUGCAGCAAGAUCCAGCCCUCACCAAGCCACAUCCAGGACCACGCCUCCACUCUGUGACCUGCUCUUGGGUCAAACCACACCUCUCUCACCUCGCCCGACCUCAAGCGUGCGUCCUCAUUCAGAAAAGCCUGCGAGCAGUCAUAAAAGCACCAAAAGCCUCCUCCAAGAUGCAUCUGUAGAUCCUGGUCUCAACCUAUCCCUGGACUCUAAUCGUUGCCUUGUUACACCGGCUUUCCCCUCUGCAACAUGGUCUUCCUGCCCAAGUCCGCAAAGGACCACUUACCGCUCAGGGUCAGGAGUAAAGCUGACCUCUUCUCCUCCUCAGCUGGAGUCUCAUCGCUGGUCUGUCUUGCCUCCGAUCUCCCCUGUCAGAGGACGAUGCAGCUCGGCAGCUUCACGCUACUCGGAGCUCAGCUGCAGUCAGUCUCAUGUGUUUGAUGAACUGGAGGCCAUCGCCCCUCGGUCGACUUCCUGUCCGUCUCUGGACGAGCCAUCAGACUCAUCAGGCUGCCCUUCACCUGAUACAGAGCUGUCUCCAGGCUUAGCAGCGCUCACAGUAGGCUGUGACUCUGGGAAUCUGGGCUCCCUGUCCCGCGUCCAGCUUCUCCUCUUGGACCGACUGGAGCCAGCGACCCUGCAGAGUCCCUUUGGUCGUGAUGUGGAGUUCUCCCCGGUGCAGGACUGGCUUGAUCUCGGGAUGAACUAUGAUAUAGAAUUGACUUCAACAGAUGUUUUGAGGCCCCUCACAGCUGGCAGCAUCUCUGAAAGGUGUGACUCUGCAGGGAAAGUCUGGCAAAACAAAUCGGAUCAGUCAGAGGGAGGUUCUGGGUCGCCUUCAUCAUGGAUCAUAGACCCGAGUCCAUCAUACAACAUGUUCAGAUCCUCAGACUCUCCCUGCAACUCCAAUCCUGGUUCCAGUGCAGAUGAAGGGGGCCCCACCGAGGAGGAGUCCAAUUAUCCAGGAUGGAAGGAGCAAGCUGAGUCCUCAGAUGGAGGGAGGAGGACCAAUCACCGAGCUGAGGAGAAGGACAGAAGGAUGGAAGAGAGGAAAACAAAGGUGCUAAACAUGCUUUCCAAACUGCAGGACGACACACCUCGUCAGCCCAGUGGAAACAAAGGCUGCUCCAACUUUGAGGACUUCGACUUCUUGGCAAAGUAUUGCAUUUUCAGUCAGGAGAAGCUGGCCGAGUACAAAAGAGCUUUUGAAGCAGAGGACAGUGACGGUGAUGGUUACAUCUCCUGCCUUCAGGUUCUACUUACUCUUAAAAACAUCAUCCCUCCUGAGCUGCUGUCUGAAGAAGAAGAGCUUUAUGUCUACAGGAUCCUGGAGAUGGUGGACUUCAGGGUGAGAGAUGGGCUCGUGGACUUGAGGCUCUUUGCUGUGAUCGCUAGCCUGGCACAGAAAAUAGCCACCAUGGAUGAUUUUAUGCGAUCACUUAUCAACAACAUGGACUUCCGUUCCCUUGAAGUGAGGCUCUUUAAAGCGAAGCAACUCUUCCUGUUCCUCCUGGAGGACCAACGAGGGGAGGUCAGCCCUCAGCAGGGCUUCAUCAGUGCCGAGCAGCUGCUUUUGGAGCUGAAGGCCGGGGGAAUCCAGCUGGAGCAGGAGGCGGCCAUCAGACUGGAGCUCCAGCACAUUCCCCCCCUCGACCUGCUGGACUUCCUGGCCUACCUGCCCCUCUUCAUGCUCAUUCACAAGUCGGUCAUCUCCAACCCUCUGGAUGACUUCAGCAACCCUUGACCUCAAUCACUGCACUGCACUGAACUGCCAUUAUCAGAACUGAAGUCUUGUGUACAAAGGUAUAACACCUGACUAACAGAAAAGGUUUGAAGCUGCUCACCACCUGCAUUAAA